GCCACACGCCUGGAAGGACCUCGGAAGGCGGGAAGCCGCUGGAAAUGGCUGCGGGGGAGCGCGCGUGUAGCAGGCCCUGACGCCGCGCCGGAUCCGUCGCCAUCCGCGUCGCAGGACCGGCGGGCUGAGGUGAAGUGCAACAGAUUGGCACCAUGUUCCUUUAUAACCUGACUUUGCAGCGAGCCACCGGCAUCAGCUAUGCCAUCCAUGGCAAUUUUUCAGGUACCAAACAGCAAGAAAUCGUUGUUUCGCGAGGGAAAAUCUUGGAGUUGCUUCGUCCUGAUCCAAACACUGGAAAAGUUCAUACCUUGCUGACUGUGGAAGUCUUUGGAAUCAUUCGCUCCCUGAUGGCCUUCCGGUUGACUGGUGGGACCAAAGAUUACAUUGUGGUAGGCAGUGAUUCGGGCCGCAUUGUUAUCCUGGAAUACCAGCCCUCCAAAAAUGUGUUUGAGAAGAUUCACCAAGAAACCUUUGGCAAGAGUGGCUGCCGCAGAAUUGUUCCCGGACAGUACUUGGCUGUGGAUCCUAAAGGGAGAGCAGUUAUGAUCAGUGCCAUUGAGAAGCAGAAACUGGUGUACAUCCUGAACAGAGAUGCGGCGGCGCGACUUACAAUCUCCUCCCCACUAGAAGCCCACAAGGCCAAUACCUUGGUUUACCACGUAGUCGGAGUCGAUGUGGGCUUUGAAAAUCCCAUGUUUGCUUGUCUGGAAAUGGAUUAUGAGGAAGCUGACAAUGACCCCACGGGAGAAGCAGCUGCCAACACCCAGCAGACGUUGACAUUUUAUGAGUUGGAUCUGGGCUUGAACCACGUUGUCAGAAAAUACAGCGAACCCUUGGAAGAACACGGCAACUUUCUGAUAACAGUGCCUGGAGGCUCCGAUGGUCCCAGCGGGGUGCUGAUUUGUUCUGAAAACUACAUCACCUACAAAAACUUUGGUGACCAACCAGAUAUUCGAUGUCCCAUUCCCAGGAGGAGGAAUGACUUGGAUGACCCUGAGCGAGGCAUGAUCUUCGUCUGCUCGGCUACGCACAAGACCAAGUCUAUGUUCUUCUUCCUGGCUCAGACGGAGCAGGGGGAUAUCUUCAAGAUCACCCUGGAGACAGAUGAGGACAUGGUCACAGAGAUUCGACUCAAGUACUUCGACACUGUCCCUGUAGCGGCGGCUAUGUGUGUGCUGAAGACAGGGUUUCUCUUUGUGGCUUCCGAGUUUGGGAACCACUACCUCUACCAGAUUGCUCACCUGGGAGAUGAUGACGAGGAACCCGAGUUCUCCUCUGCCAUGCCCCUGGAGGAAGGAGACACGUUCUUUUUCCAGCCACGGCCGCUUAAGAACCUGGUGCUGGUAGAUGAGCUGGACAGCUUGUCUCCUAUCUUGUGCUGUCAGAUAGCUGAUCUGGCCAAUGAGGAUACGCCCCAGUUAUAUGCAGCCUGUGGAAGGGGCCCCCGGUCUUCUCUGCGGGUCCUCAGACAUGGACUUGAGGUGUCUGAAAUGGCUGUGUCGGAGUUGCCUGGUAACCCUAAUGCGGUGUGGACAGUGAGGAGACAUGUGGAAGAUGAGUUUGAUGCCUAUAUCAUAGUGUCCUUCGUCAACGCCACCCUGGUGCUCUCCAUUGGAGAAACAGUAGAGGAAGUGACAGACUCUGGGUUCCUUGGUACCACCCCAACUUUAUCCUGCUCAUUGCUGGGGGAUGAUGCUCUGGUGCAGGUUUACCCCGACGGCAUCCGGCACAUCAGGGCAGACAAGCGAGUCAACGAGUGGAAGACGCCGGGGAAGAAGACCAUUGUCAAGUGUGCUGUGAACCAGAGGCAGGUGGUGAUCGCGCUGACAGGAGGAGAGCUGGUCUACUUCGAGAUGGACCCGUCAGGGCAGCUGAAUGAAUACACCGAGAGGAAGGAGAUGUCCGCUGACGUGGUGUGCAUGAGCCUGGCCAAUGUUCCCCCGGGAGAGCAGCGCUCCCGCUUCCUGGCAGUCGGCCUUGUGGACAACACCGUGCGCAUCAUCUCACUCGACCCCUCCGACUGCCUGCAGCCCUUGAGCAUGCAGGCGCUCCCUGCCCAGCCAGAGUCGCUGUGCAUCGUGGAAAUGGGUGGCGCUGAGAAGCAGGACGAGCUGGGGGAGCGCGGUUCCAUUGGCUUCCUGUACCUGAACAUCGGCUUGCAGAAUGGGGUUCUGCUCCGAACUGUCCUCGACCCAGUCACUGGAGACCUCUCCGACACAAGAACCAGGUACCUCGGGUCACGCCCCGUGAAGCUGUUCCGCGUCCGGAUGCAAGGCCAGGAAGCGGUGCUGGCCAUGUCGAGCCGUUCCUGGCUGAGCUAUUCCUACCAGUCCCGCUUCCACUUAACCCCGCUCUCGUAUGAAACCCUGGAGUUUGCCUCUGGCUUCGCCUCCGAGCAGUGUCCAGAGGGCAUCGUCGCCAUCUCCACCAACACCCUGAGGAUCUUGGCGCUGGAGAAGCUUGGUGCGGUCUUCAACCAGGUCGCCUUCCCCUUGCAGUACACCCCCAGGAAGUUUGUCAUCCACCCAGAGAGCAACAACCUGAUCAUCAUCGAGACCGACCACAAUGCCUACACCGAGGCCACCAAAGCCCAGAGGAAGCAGCAGAUGGCCGAGGAAAUGGUGGAGGCGGCAGGGGAGGAUGAGAGGGAGCUGGCGGCCGAGAUGGCGGCGGCGUUCCUGAAUGAGAACCUCCCGGAGUCCAUCUUUGGCGCCCCGAAGGCAGGCAACGGGCAGUGGGCCUCGGUGGUGAGGGUGAUGAAUCCCAUACAAGGAAAUACAUUGGACCUGGUCCAGCUGGAGCAGAAUGAGGCCGCCUUCAGCGUGGCCGUGUGCCGAUUUGCCAAUGCCGGGGAUGACUGGCAUGUCCUGGUGGGAGUGGCCAAGGACCUGAUUCUGAAUCCGCGCUCCGUUGCCGGAGGGUUUGUCUACACCUACAAGCUGGUGAACAGUGGGGAGAAGCUGGAGUUCCUGCACAAGACGCCGGUGGAAGAGGUCCCUGCAGCCAUCGCCCCGUUCCAGGGCAGGGUGCUCAUCGGGGUGGGGAAGCUCCUGCGUGUGUAUGACCUGGGCAAGAAGAAGCUGCUGCGCAAGUGCGAGAACAAGCACAUCGCCAACUACAUCUGUGGGAUCCAGACCAUCGGGCACCGAGUGAUCGUGUCGGAUGUCCAGGAGAGCUUUAUCUGGGUGCGGUAUAAGCGGAACGAAAACCAGCUGAUCAUUUUUGCAGACGACACGCACCCGCGCUGGGUGACGACCGCCUGCCUCCUGGACUAUGACACUGUGGCCGGGGCCGACAAGUUCGGCAACAUCUGCGUGGUGCGGCUGCCACCCAACACCAACGAUGAGGUCGACGAGGACCCCACUGGCAACAAGGCGUUGUGGGACCGUGGCCUGCUCAAUGGUGCUUCCCAGAAGGCAGAGGUGAUCAUGAACUACCACGUGGGAGAAACGGUGCUGUCCCUCCAGAAGACGACUCUCAUCCCCGGCGGCUCUGAAUCGCUUGUCUACACCACCCUGUCUGGAGGCAUUGGCAUUCUGGUCCCGUUUACCUCGCACGAGGACCACGACUUCUUCCAGCACGUGGAGAUGCACCUCCGGUCCGAGCAUCCGCCCCUCUGCGGACGAGACCACCUCAGCUUUCGCUCCUACUACUUUCCGGUCAAGAACGUCAUCGAUGGGGACCUGUGCGAACAGUUCAACUCCAUGGAACCUAACAAGCAGAAGAAUGUGUCGGAGGAGCUGGACAGGACGCCCCCAGAGGUGUCCAAGAAGCUGGAGGACAUCCGCACCCGCUACGCUUUCUGAGCGGGCUCACGGUCCGGGCCGGGUGGAGAGGCAGUGAGCGCAGCACACACCCAGCCUGUCCCACCUCCGUGGCCGUUUGGUACCUGGGACUCAAAGGCAGCCUUGCCCUCCGCCUGUCUUUCAUGUGCUGCUCCAGAGGCCGGGAGUUGUUCUGGCUCCCCUUUGGGCAGGGGGGCAGCCCCCACCAUGAGGACCCCACCCUCCCAGUCCACGAGCCUUGCCACACAGGCCUCCCUUCCCCAGCCGUCGGGGUGUGGGGAGGCUCAGGGGCCCUUUAUGCCUUUCCGGUCAGCGCCUGGCACGUUCCUGUUCUUUCUGGUUUUAUCUCUGUUUUGUAAAUACCUUGUGCUGAGCCUUGGCCUCCGACUGUGGAUGGCUGGCCUGACCCGAGGCCUGGCCUGCGCUUCCCGCUCCCAGCCUGUGCCACAGCGGGUGCUGCAGGGUUGGCCCAGCUCCCCUCCUCUCCUCCCAUGUGCUGCUCCCCGGGCGGGCAGUCAGGGAAGGGACAGCAGUCCCCGGGGAAUGGCCCGAGGCUCGCCUACGAAAAGCUUGGGAGCCCUUGGAUGGGCUGCUGCAGCUGCCUCUGCUCCCAGCGGGGGGUACGUUGGCAGGAAAUGCCUGGCAGGCCUGCUAUCUGCAGCUCUUCCCGCCCCCCCCUUCUGCCAAUUCAGAAAAUUGGAGGAGCUUCCCUGCCCUCCAGGGGCCAUGCUGGGCUUACCACCUUGACACCGACUUCCUGCUUUUCACUUAAAAUACGCUUUGGACACAUUGCUGGGAUGCCACAGUCCAGUCCUGGCACUGAUGGAGGCAAGGCCGAAAAGCGCCAUGUGACAUGAGGCCGCCUCACUCACUCCCAAAUCCACAGGGACAGGCAGGGGAGGGGCGGCACCCGCUGUUUUAAUUACAGUACAACUUUUAUUAAUACUGGAAUCUUCACAGUGCAUUCGUUACUUGUAGCAGUGACUACCUUAAAUGAAGGGAGGAGAAGGAUGAUUAUUUUUAAGAAAGAAGGCAUGGGAAAAUAAAUUAGAAAAGGAAAAAGUUAACAGCACCAGGAUAGUUAAGGUCAGUUGACAGACAUUUCAAGAGUGUGUUUCUCUGUACAAAAAAUAAAAAGCAAAACGCA